AUGGGCGACUCCAAGAGAUAUUUCAAUAAUUCAACGACAACCCUGAGAACAAUUCCGAACCCACGUCAAGAGUUGAUAGCAUCCUUGACGAAACUAGUGCGCCACUGUCCUCCCUUGAACUACAGGGGCCGCAUAGGACGUGCAAAGGGCCUAUUCACCGGCCCAACAUCAAUAGCCUACCUAUUCCUCAGAUUAUCCAACACACAUCCGGAUCUCAGAAUCGAGAGACACACCCCUCGAGAGUGGUGUCUUGCUUACCUUGAUUCCGAUUCCAGCAAUCUCCCGCAUGCCCGCGGCCUCACUGGCUGGGGUAUUGAGAACGAGUUUCUAGCUUACAACGCAGUAAAAGCCGCUGCUGCACAGGACUCUUCGGCUGUCAAGAAAUUGCUUGAUGCUAUUGCCACCGAAUUUCACAAUUGCCCGUCCGGCGAUAAUGAGUUCUUUGCCGGUCGUGCAGGCACCCUGGCACUAUUGCGUAUUGCGCAGUGGUACACGCCCGAAGAAGCAGAUGAAAUGAUCUCAGCGAGUAUGCAGGAAUUAACCAGUCACAUUUUGAAGCAUGCACCGUGGUCAUUCCAUGGCAAAACCUACAUUGGCGCUGCCCACGGAGUGAUUGGAAUUAUCACGCAGCUCGUUCUUUCCGACCACAACCUAGGCAAAAACGAUCUGGUUGAAGAGCAACUCCUUGGUCUUCUAAACCUGCAAAGGCCAGAUGGCCACUGGCCCACUACUGACGAUUCAACUCGGGGGAAGUCCGAAUUAGUUCAGUACUGUCAUGGUUCGCCAGGGUUCGUAAUGUCGUUAGUAAGAAUUCGUCCCUUUGUUCGCCCCGAGCUGCAAUCGCGCAUUGAAUCUGCAGUUGAACGCGGACGUCGGGAGAUAUGGGAAAAGGGUUUAUUGCGCAAGGAGCCUAACUUAUGUCAUGGUAUCACAGGUAACAUGCUUGCACUAGAGAGUUGGGCCCAACGGGAACAUUUUAUGGCAUAUGCAACAAUGGAAGGUAUCGAACAGGGUAUUGCGGACGGGCAUUUUGUUCCUGGCGACGAUGCCUGUGGUUUAUUCUGGGGUGAGGCAGGUCGUAGUUGGGGAUGGAUGAUGAUUGAUGCAAAACUUGACCUUGGAUUUCCUGGGUAUACCGACAUCUGA